AUGCUGCUUAGUCAAAUAUAUGCUGCGUUGUCAAACAAUCAGACUCUGCGAACCACUAGCCAAGUCUUUCAUGGGUUGGCGCUCUUCUGGGCUAGUCACUGCGGCAUGUACGAAGGGCUAGGUCAACCUUCACUACCCUCUCCAGACGCAAGUUCCGAAGUAAUGCAGCGUGCUUGGUAUAGUUGGAUUGCUCAGGAGACCAGACUCCGCACUUUGCUAGGGCUUUACAUCGUGGAUGGCGUGGUGUCUCAGUUCAGCGGCAAUCCGACAUUUGCUCGACACAUGGCCAAUCCCCUCGCUCUCCCGAGUGACGAGUCGGUUUUCAACGCGGCUACAGCCCAGGAGUGGAUUCAGGCGAGCCUCAAAAGCCGCUUAUUACCGUCGAACAAUUUUCGAUUCUGCGACGUGUUCCACGCACUCUUUUCUCAAGAUGACAUGACUAUCACUAGCUUGUGGCCGCAGUACGGAAUUUCAUUGUUUCACCACAAGAUUGUUCUUGAGGGUAUCCGGUCUCUUGUUGCUGACGCAAAUCGAACAAAACCAGCACCUGUAGGUGUACCAUCGAAGCAAGACAUUGGCAAUGCUGUCAUAAGGCUGCGGGAGCAGAUACUUCAAAACCAUCGCCUCUCCUCACCAGACCAAGUAGUCGCAAUGCUGCAGUGGCACACAAUAUGUCUUGAUUUGGUUGGUAGCACCGCACGAGGUAGCCGCAGAAUGUGUUCACUGCAUAGAAUUCCACAGCGAAUCUUUGGAGGCGACAGUCGUGAUGAACAGGACAUAGAUCCACGACGCUGGGCACAAAGCAAGAGUGCGCGUAUUGCCUUGCUACAUGCCUCUGAAAUCCAAGAGCUUGCUACAAAUCUCCCGCUCGGUAUGGCCUAUGAUAUCAAUGUUCCCGGUGCUAUAUUUGCUGCAGCAACCACGUAUAGUGCCCUUGCUUUGGCAGGCCCUGGUAAAGUGGUUCUUCCUCCCACGAUAGACUGGGUAACUGCCGUUCAGGCUGCUACCGUGGAUGAGGAAGUGGAAGCUCUGCGGACGCAUAGAACCUCCAACGAUACCUUAACGUUCGUGAGAGACGGAGUUUCUGAUAAAGGCUCGCUGCGCGAUCUUUCGUAUGAGUUGACAUCUAUUCGAAGCUUGUUGCGCGCUAUCUCAUUACAGUGGAGCGUCGCUCGGGAGAUGGAGCAGGUUGUUGGGGCUUGGAUUGAGCUCAUGCAAUGA